AUGUCAGCUCCCGGAGAGAACCAGCGUCAGUCGCAAGACGAUGGCUCUAUUGAUAAUGCUAACGCCCAGGUGGAGCGAUCCGAAUACAACUUGGGCACUGUCAGCAAUCCCUUCAUCUCUACUGAGGAUGACGCUGUCCAUUUGGAUCCAGUCAUGGUGUGCACCAAGGGAAACUUGAAUGGGCGAGCCGGAUUUCUCUCGCCUGACAUGAUCGCAAAGAGUAUCGAUACCUGGAACAACAACCCGCUUUACGCUUCUUCUGACAAUGAUCCGAAUGAAAGAGUAGCAACUCUCGAAGAGGUCUUGGAUAAGAUUGUCUUUGAAAAUGAGCCGCCAGCUCCAGGCGGAGAGUAUUUUAUGGGACUCAGUUCUUUCGAGAAGGUGAGACGAAACGUGACAGUUCCUCUUCGAAUCAAUAUCUCGGAGGGGACCGACGAGAAGAAGAAGCCAAGUUGGGUUGUCCUUCGCCAUUAUCCUGACUCAGAAUUGGACAGUCUGGCGAAGUCGUUCGGGGGAGAUGAAGAUCCUAGUGUCGCUGAAAGCAUCAACAAAACCUGCCCUUCGCUGGAUCAUAAACCUCAUUUCCUCGCAUGGCUCCCCUUGGCGUGA